AUGGCUUCCAAAGACCAGGUGGAGAGUUGGACCGAGGAAGUAAUUUGCCCCAUUUGCCUGGAUUUUUUCAGCAAUCCGGUUAUACUGGAGUGCGGACACAACUUCUGCCGCUCCUGUAUCACGCAGUGUUGGGAAAGAGAGGAGAGGAACUCCUGCCCGGAAUGCAGAGAGGAGUUUGCAGACCGCACCCUCAGAGUAAACCGGGCCUUAACAAGUCUGUCUGAGAAAGCUCGGAAACUAAACCUGAAUCCGAAAAAGGAAAGGAAACUUCACUGCGAGAAACAUCAGGAAGAACUGAAACUGUUUUGUGAAACGGACAAGAAACUGAUCUGUGUGAUUUGUGCAGCUGCGCGGGAACACAAAAAGCACUGCUACCUGCCGAUUGAAGAAGCCGUUCAAACCUACAAGGCUCGAGUGAAAUCUUCCUUACAAUCUCUCACAAAAAAGAAAUCAGCGAUAGAGAAAAUGGAGCACCAACAGAAGCAGAAGAUUUCUGGCGUUCGGGAACAGUCACAUAACCUCCAGUCCCACAUCACAUCAGUAUUUGCUGAACUGCACCAGAUUAUCACUGAGAAGGAGCAGCGCUUACUCAGAGAUCUCAGGGAAGACGAGGAGAAGAUUUUAAAUACGAUGGAGAAAAAUCUUCGAGUCAUUCAAAAGCAGUUGAAUUCUGUUCAGGAGGAAAUCUCAAAGCUACGGGAACAGAUGGAUCAAAAUGACAGUGUGAUAUUUCUGAAGGAGGAAGCUUGUCAGGAGAGGAGCAUUAGCGAUGAACACCAGACGCUGUCGGUAGCAGACGGUGCCCUGUCGGUUGGAAAAUUCAAUCACAUCUUGUUCUUCAAUAGAGAAUUGAGAGAAAUGAUUAAUGGCACUAAUCGAGUCUCUGUGACCCUGGAUGUGGCAACAGCGCAUCCGCAGCUCGAGGUGUCUGAGGAUCGGAAGAGGGUGAGAUGGAUCGGGACCCGGAGGGAUCUCUUUGACACAAGGAAGAGGUUUACAUUCUGGUCUUGUGUGCUGGGAUCGGAGGGAUUCACGUCGGGGAGACAUUACUGGGAGGUAGAGGUGGUGGGGAAUGGGGGUUGGAGUCUGGGUGUCGCUGCAGAGUCCGUGGAGAAGAAGAAACAGAUCGAACUGAGACCGGAGAAUGGAUUCUGGACCAUCGGGCGGUGGUGGGAUGACGGGAUUUCUGUGAAUAGCUCCCCUCGAUCCCGUCUGCCUGCCGAUCCAAUCCCCCGGAGGGUGGGAGUUUAUCUCAAUUACGAGUCCGGGACAGUUACGUUUUACAGUGCGGACACCAAGUCACUUCUCCACACUUUCACUGGGAAUGAAUUCACGGAGAAACUUUAUCCUUUCUUCCGGACUGGAGAUGUAAACCAGUGGCUGAAAAUCUGCUCCGGUUCCGUUCCGGAUUUGUAGAAGCGUCGGGUCCCAGAUUCGGCGUCAAGAGUGUGGCUCAGGGGCUGUGGGGGAGAACUGGUCCCAUUUUGGCGCGGAACGGGUCCCAUUUAAUCCCCAAAUACUGCAUUGUAACACGCUAAUGGGUCCGGAAAUAAAACCGGUCGAAACAAUAAAAUUAAAAUGUA